AAAUCUGAAGGUUAGCAUAUGCACAUUGUGGUGACUAUGCUGAAAAUGUAAUUUGCAGCAUUUAUUAUUUCAAUACAAGUGAGGGGGAAUGAACAUUGUCAAAUAUUGCUGUAGUUAUCAAAAUGCAAUAUGCCAAUAAAAGAGGAAAAACAGCUGCAUCAUACAUGCUUCUGAAUUCUUUAUUUUAUUUAGCCUGUUCUGUAGUUGUAUUCGGAAGCAGAAUGCAUUUUAAAAGUAACUUUCCCAACACUGAUUAUAGUCAAUAUUAUGGGUGCUUUAUUUAAUUGUAUAAGAUAUGAAUAUACUAGAAGAUUCAAAUUUAGUAUUUGUUUUACAAAAUUAUUUAAUCAUUCUAGCUUGUACUAAAGGCAAAUUUUUAAGAUACUUAAACUAAGGAUAGUUUGUAUAUAAAUGUUUUCCACUGUUUCAGAAAACGGGUAUAUGGCAUUAUAAUUCCUAUUCAAAUGUGAGUGCUUGGUUAUUUUAAAAAAAUAUAUUUGUAAAUAAUCUGACAAUAAUUAACAUUUUUGUCCCCUGUCUUUGUGUAUUUGUUUUCUGGGAAUGACUUGUGGAUCGACACUUCUAUUGCUUCCUCAGUUGAAGAUGCCCCGUACCAAGGCUUCACGGCGCUCGUCGGCGGCGAAGGAGAGGAUGGCGGUCCAGCGUGGUCGAGCUGCUGGCAUGGCUGUGGUUCCGACUGACAGGGUUAUGCCUUUACCCCUUGACAAAAAGGUCCUGACUGACUCUGUUCCUGUGAACCACAGCUCACCAGUUUUGGAGGCCACUGUUAAAAGUGACUCAUCAGUGACUGACGGGGUUAGGCCUCAUCCCCAUACCCAAAAGGCUCUGACUGACGGGCUUAUGCCUUUUGCCCAUGAAAAAAAGGUCCAAAACUUGCCUUCUCCCAUUGAGAAGCUGCACCAAAUACAAUGCAAAAACCCUGUCAAACUGCCUCUGGCUGAAAAUGCGUAUCAAACUGCCUCUGGCUCAAAAUCUUACAAGCUAACUCUGCCAAAAAACUCUGAUAAACCUGCCUCUGGCUCAAAAUGUCCUGAAAAUGUUGGUAUAAUCCAGACAUCUUCAUCUGUGUGUGUUCUGAGUCCCCAGAGAUUGACCGUGAGUGGCUCCUUCAACCAGCAGCAUCCACAGUUUGGUAGGAACAGUAACAAGCAAUGUGUUGCUAAUAGUGUUACAGCCAUACUGAUGUCUAAGUUGAAGAAUGUGUUAACCUGGACUGCAACAGAUGUGGAUAAUGUCCUCCUGAAUGGCGACAAACUGUAUAGCAGCAUAAGAGAUGCAGGCAGGAUUCAUGAUGAUUCAGGUUACUUGUUUAUUAGAGACUUGCCCACGGAGUACACACUUAAUGGUCACAGGUUUGCACUGAAUUGCAGUGAUGACAUGUUUGUUGGACUGUUUGGUGUUACUGAUUAUGGAGAAAUGGAGAAUGUCUACAUGUCACAUGAUGAAGCUAUUGUAAGAGUGCUAUCUCAGUUUGAUGCUUGUCUAUUUACAAUAAAAGUGAAUACAUGUGCUAUCAUCAAACAAGAUUCUUGGUAUGCCAUAAUUGACUCGCAUGCACGAAACACACACGGUGCACUGGAUGGUACAGGUACAAGUUUACUAGCCUGUCAUGCUAACUUGGAAUCUGUUCUAGAUCACAUUACAAUCCUGGGUUUGUCAUUGCAAGCAGAAGGUCAGCAGUUUGAAGCAACUGGAGUUGUAGUGGUUCCAAAUGACAUGGGGCAGCAGACUUCUGAAUCACACACGCAGGUAACUGAGGAUCUAAACCUGAACAAGCUGAAAAGUACUGCAGACGAGGAACGUAGGGAACAUGAAAAACGUUCCAGUGUGCUGAGGUAUAAAACGGAUGAGGAACACAGAGAAAGUGUAAAAACAAACAGUGUUAUGAAAUAUAGAACAGAUGAGGAACACAGAGAAAUUGUAAAAACGAACAGUGUUAUGAAAUAUAGAACAGAUGAGGAACACAGAGAGCAUGUAAAGCAGAUUUCCAUUUUAAAAUACAAAACAGACAGCUCAUUUGCUCAGGUUGUGAAAAACAAAAACAUGGAGAGAAGACACACAAAUAAAAACAAAAGAAAAGACAUUGAGUAUGUAAUUGAACAGUUCAAAAACAAAAUAAGCACAGGUCCAGAAUACGUGUGUGCGGUUUGUCACAGAGCUCUGUUCAAACACCAAGUCAUACGAUGUCGAAAACAUGAAUAUUUGAAAAAAGAUCCAGCAGUUGCAUGUAUAGCGGAAAGGUGUGUCACUGAGGAUUAUUUGCAUAUUUGCAAUGAGAGCUGUGAUGUACAUUGUGCAAUUAAAAUUGGUCCAGCUGGUUCUCUUUGGGUUUGUUAUACUUGUCACAGAAAGAUUUGUAAUGCAAAAAUGCCAGAACAGAGUGUUGUGAAUAAUCUUUCAUUGGAUCCAGUCCCUCAUGAAUUGCAAACAUUAAAUUCAUUGGAAUGUCAUUUGAUUGCAAUGCAUAUACCAUUCAUGAAGAUUGUGCCACUGCCAAAAGGAUCACAGAGCUCUGUCGUAGGCCCAAUAACCUGUGUGCCAUCAAAUGUAGCUGAUGCAGCUGAGCUUUUACCAAGAUCAGAAAAUGCUGAUCUCAUGAUCCGUGUGAAAUUGAAAAGAAAGUUGACAUACAAGGGGCAUUAUAAGUAUGAAUUUGUCCACCCAGAGAAAAUUCAAAAUGCACUGAUGUACCUCAAAAACCAUAACAAAUUCUACAGUGAUGUUAAAUUCAACAACGAUUGGAUUAAUCCACUGAGCAACACUGCAGAAGCAGAUGAGUGUGAUGACCAAAGUGAACAAGCUGGUAAUGAGGAACACACUGAGCAUACCAAUGAGGAUGAGAACAUUGAUGAAACUCUUCUUGACCGACAACAGCAUGGCAUGUUUAUGGAUACUUGUUUACAACCUGUUGAUGUAGCACAAGAGGUUCUGGAUCAGCAUUUUGAUGGAAUCAUGUCUGUCUCACCUGCAGAAGGAAAUAAUCCAGUCAGGCUAUUAACUGAUGAGUCAAACGAGGCCAAAUGCUUCCCAGUUCUGUUCCCUAAAGGCACAGGUACUUUUCAUGAGACAAGACCAGAAAGGCUGACAUUAUGUCAAUAUUUAAACUCAAGAAUACUCAAUGCAGAUGGAAGAUUUGCUAAAAACUUGGACUUUAUCUUUUAUGGCCAGUAUUUGUCAGAACUAAAUCAGGUUGUAUCAAAUGUAUCAAUCGCAUUGAGAAAAGGACAUUCCACACAGAAAUCAGAAGUUACUUCAGAAAUGUUGACAAACCAUGAAUCCUUACGACGCAUUUUACAUUUUGAUGAAGGCUAUAAAUUCUUAAAACCUAUCAGAGGUACUCCAGUGUUCUGGCAAAGCGUGCAGAAAGAUUUGUUUGCAAUGGUCAGACAACUAGGAAUUCCAACCUGGUUUGCUUCGUUUUCCUCUGCUGACCUCCGGUGGCCAGAACUCAUGCAAACAAUCCUGAAACAAGAAGGAAAACAUGUAUCAGCUGAUGAGCUUGAUUGGUCAGAGAGAUGUCACCUGCUGAAAAGUAACCCUGUGACUGCUGCUAGAAUGUUUGACCAUCGAUUUCACUGUUUCCUUAAAGAUGUCAUCAUGUCUGAAGCCAAACCAAUUGGAGAGAUCACUGAUUUUUUCAUGAGAGUUGAGUUCCAGAAUCGUGGUUCACCUCACACUCAUUGUCUUUUCUGGGUAAAAGAUGCUCCACAGAUAGACAGAGAUGAUGAUGUGCGUGUUUGUCAGUUUAUUAAUCAGUAUGUCACAUGUGAAUUGCCUUCAGAUGAGGACAGAGAAAUGCAUGACAUAGUGUCACAAGUUCAGAUGCACAGCAAGAGACACUCAAAAACAUGCAAAAAAAAGGGAACGACAUGCAGAUUUAACUUUCCACGUCCUCCAAGUAACAGAACAUUUAUUACACGAUGUAAGACUGAAGAACAUAAAAAUGAAAAUAAUGAUGAAAAUGAAAAAGCUAGCAAAUCCACAAAGACGAUGGAAGUAGAAUUAGCAAGUACAAUAUUAAAAGGAGUCAGAAAUGCUUUAUUAAAUACUGAGGCCACAUUUGACUCUGUUGACUCUUUAUUUGCUUCCCUUGAUAUAAAUCAAGAAAUCUUUGAAGCAGCAUAUCAAACAAUGACCAAGAAAACCAGUGUUGUGUUGAAGAGGAAACCAUGUGAUGUUUGGGUGAAUCAGUAUAACACAGAUCUUCUAAAAGCAUGGAAUGCAAAUAUAGACAUACAGUUUGUAGUCGAUGCAUAUUCCUGUAUUGUUUAUAUCAUCUCAUACAUAUCAAAAGCAGAGAGAGAAAUGGGGCUGUUGUUGUCACAUGCACAAAAAGAAGCGUCAGAGCAAGGCAAUCUUGAUGCUAAACAAGCUAUGCGCAAACUUGGCAGUGUUUUCUUGCAUAAUCGUGAAGUUUCAGCUCAAGAAAGUGUGUAUCGUCUUACGAAUAUGAAAUUAAAACAGGCAUCUCCCAAAGUGCAAUUUGUUCCAACUGGUGACACAAUCAGAAUGAGUCUUCCACUAAAUGUCAUACAGAGGAAAGCUCAGUGCGGCGAUGAUGACGGUGACAAUAUUUGGAUGUAUAGCAUUUCUGACAGAUAUAAGAACAGACCUAAAAGCAAGGAAUUUGAAGAAAUGUGUUUGGCAAGGUUUGCAUCAGAAUAUAGAAUAUUGUCUAAAUCGGAACAUUCAUCCAGUGACAGCAUCAAACUUUUGAAAGGAUCAGGAUUUGCCAAGAAAAGGUCACGAACAGAAGCUGCUGUGAUUCGAUAUGCCCGUUUCUCACCAACAAAAAAUCCAGAGAAAUAUCAUGAAAGCAUUUUAGAGUUGUUUUUGCCUCACUACCUCAAAUCACAACUAAAACCAUCCACUUUCCAGACAUAUCAAGAGUUUUAUGAAACUGGGUCUGUGAAAUAUUCUGAUAAUGAACUUGUCUCAGUGAAAGUCACAGUAGACACAAAUAUGGCCAUGUUUGAAAAAGAGAGUGACUCCAUAGACAAAGCUCAGGAAGACCUAGAUGCACAUGGUCCAAUGGAAGAUGCAUGGGCACAACUUUGUCCAGAGACUGAGCGUGAACGUUUAGAAUGCAUUGAGCAGAAACAGAAGGAAACUCCAGAAAUAACUGAAAACAAUGACAUUAUACCUGACCUUUUUCCCAAGGAAAUCUAUUCAUUACAGGAUAAUUCUCAUAACAUGCCAAAGGAAGAAGCCAUGGCUCUACUACGUUCAAUGAAUGAGACACAGUCCCAGAUAUUUUAUAAAAUCCGACACUGGUGUUUACAAAAGGCACGUGGUGACACUCCAGAACCCUUUCAUGUGUUUAUAUCAGGCCCUGGAGGUGUAGGGAAAUCUAUGCUGAUUAAAGCAAUACAUUAUGAAGCACAUCGUAUCCUAUCUCGCUUAUCAAAUAAUCCUGAUGACACACGUGUGUUACUGACAGCUCCAACUGGUGUAAGUGCUUAUAACAUUAAUGCUGCAACAAUACAUACUUCUUUAGCUAUUGGUACAGAUGUAAAGCUACCAUAUCAACCACUGGGAGAUGAGAAAAUUAAUUCUCUGAGAACAAAGUUGGGAAACCUGGAUAUAUUAAUUAUUGAUGAAAUUUCAAUGGUUGAUCACAAACUCCUUGCAUAUGUUCAUGGCAGACUAAGGCAGAUCAAACAAACUGGAGAUUAUUCACCUUUUGGAAAGGUUUCUAUCAUCGCAGUUGGAGACUUUUAUCAGCUCAAUCCAGUUAAGGGUAAAGCUUUAUAUGCUGAUCAUGUGGGAAUGAAUCUGUGGCAAGACCAUUUUGCUUUGGCUGAGUUGAGUCAGAUAAUGAGACAGAAAGAUGUGGAAUUCGCACAGUUGCUCAAUCGAUUAAGGAAACGACAGAAGUCUCAUCCAUUGCUGGAAAAAGAUAUAAGUAUGCUGAAACAGUGUGAAACUGGUGAAGAACACAUGACUUCCAAUUUGCAUAUUUAUGCCACAAAUAAUGAAGUUGAUGACCACAAUAGAGAAAUGCUUCACAAGACAUGCAAAGAUACUAUAGUUAUUCGAGCACAAGAUUAUGAGAGAGACCCGAAAACUGGACACUUUCAAAAAGUAAAGGGCCACCACAGCAAUGUUUGCAAGACAUGUCUUUCACGAUCACUUCACAUUGCAGUUAAUGCAAGAGUCAUGCUCCUUAAAAACAUUGAUGUUUCAGAUGGACUUGUGAAUGGUGCUUUUGGUACAGUUAGUGAUAUACAUUUUAAUCCUGGAGAAGAUUUCCCAUCAAAAGUAUAUGUGACAUUUGACAAUGAAAGAGCUGGUAGAGGCUUACGAGCAAAACGGCCUUCCUUAAAACCAGGACUGGAAAAGGCUACACCAAUUGAACCAGAAGAAGAGAGAGUCUCAAGAAGUGGUGGCAUACGACGACAGUUUCCCCUGAAAUUAUCUUGGGCUUGCACUAUUCACAAAGUACAAGGUCUAACUGUGGAUAAAGCUGUUGUGUCACUUAAAAAGAUAUUUGCACCUGGACAAGCAUAUGUGGCAUUAAGUCGUGUGACUUCUCUGGAAGGUCUCAUUAUAGAAGAUUUCAAGGAAACAGCUAUUUAUGCAAAACCUGAUAUAGAAAGUUUCAUGCAAACUAUGCCCGCAUUUGUGGAGCCACUUAGAGAAACACAUCUGUCAUCAUUAUCAUGUAAAGUACUUCUGCACAAUGUUCAAGGGUUGUCAUGUCACCUGGAAGACAUAAAACAAGACAAAAGGUAUAUGGAAGCUGAUAUUAUUUGCAUGACAGAAACAUGGAUACAGUCAAGUCAUAGUGAAAAUGAUCUACAAAUAAGUGGAUUUUCAUUCUGCAACAGCCCAAGGUCUGUUUCAUAUGACAAAAGUGAGGAACUCUUUGCUAAGUUGAAAGAAAAAGAACAUGGUGGUGUUGGUGUGUAUUACAAAACACAGAUCAACUGUAGUUUUGUUGAUUUACCCUGUAUGAACAUAGAGUGCAUGCAGUUUACUAUUCCCCACCUGAACUCAACAGCUGCAAUUGUGUAUAGACCACCUUCAUACAGUUUAAAAGCAUUUGUUAACAAGCUGUCAAAUGUAAUCAGUGUCAUUGACACGUUUGCAGGAGGAAAAAUUAUUAUGGGUGACUUCAAUGAAAACCUUUUUGUGUCCAAUACAGUGAGUGAAAUGAUGCAGCAUAAUGGCUUCACUCAAAUUGUGAAAGAUGCAACCACUGAAAAUGGCACUUUAAUUGAUCAUAUCUAUAUUAAAGACAUUGCAAUUGAGAGUAUAUGUGUUUCUGUAAUGCCUACUUAUUUCAGCUAUCAUGAAUGUGUUGUCUUAAAUUUCUCGUAUUAAAGGUUAGGUAAUGACUAGUAUAUGGAGAGCAGUCCCAUAA